UGGAACCUCCGGUUGGGUCUGGGCUAGAAAACUCUCUCAAGAUGGUGCUUCUGGAUAAAAUCCAUAUGUUGUACCUGGAGGCGAUUUCCUGCAUACCCAAGGAUGAGCUGCGCUCACUCCACCACCAUGGCCUCCUCAAGGCUGGCUACUGCUAUGGUCCUUGUGAUCCUGUCACCAACAUCAUCCUCAACACCAUUUGGUAUGACACCGCGUUUCCUCCAGAGCAACAUUUUGAGGUUGCAACGAUCUGCACAAAGAGCCUCGCGCGCAUCGAGCUCCUCUCCCUUCAUGGCCUUGUUGCCUACAUCUGCGUCUGUUUCCCUGGCUUUUCUGCAUAUGAAGCUAUGAGACGCCUGCUUAUCUGCAAUGCCAGUCUUCAUAGCGUCAUUGAGAUGGCAAAAAGAGAAGGUCAUGAUGAAGACAUCCUCUUUUCUGAAUCUGUUGCCUAUGAUACCGCGUCUCGUGCUACGCAUCAUCCCAGACCUGCUGCAUUUGUAGAAUUUGCGAGGACAGUGAUGCCGCAUGUGGGGAGAACCCUUGGGUCAACGCGUGAGGUUAAGCGGGGCCUCUCUUCCAGAGAUGUUUUUACCAUAUCUAAAACUUUGUCACCAGAAUUGCCGUCUAGCAAAUCUUCGGAGAAGGUCCAGAUAUUAAGCAGUCCCGCCACCAAGAUCAUCUCAGCAAACCUCGAUGAAUCUAAGGCUUGUCAGGAUACAAUUGUCAAAAUGGUUGAAGCUGCAUUACGCAGAUAUGCUCAACAACAGGCAAGUUAA